GUUUGGUUCCGAGGCCGCGUGGACCUGGUAGCUCUCUGGGGGGCGCAAGGCCUGGGCGGGCGGCGGCCCUGGGUCACCUCAGCCGCCUGGGCCAAAGCAGAGCCGGAGUUCACCGCGAGGGCCGCAGCUCCGCCGUCGGGAACCGCGAGUGGGGGACCAUCCCUCCUCAGCCCGGGACCAAGCAGCCCCCUCGACCACCAUGUCUGCAGCCUGGAUCCCCGUUCUCUGCCUCGGUGUCUGUCUGCUGCUGCUGCCGGAACCUGCGGGCAGCGAGGGAGCCGUUCCCAUUGCUAUCACCUGCUUUACCCGAGGCCUGGACAUCAGGAAAGAGAAAGCAGAUGUCCUCUGCCCAGGGGGCUGCUCUCUUGAGGAAUUCUCCGUAUUUGGGAACAUAGUGUAUGCAUCUGUAUCAAGCAUAUGUGGUGCAGCUAUCCACAGGGGAGUAAUCAGCAACUCAGGGGGACCUGUACGAAUAUAUAGCCUACCAGGUCGAGAAAACUAUUCCUCAGUAGUUGCCAAUGGCAUUCAGUCUCAAACACUUUCCAGAUGGUCUGCUUCUUUCACAGUGACAAAAGGUAAAAGUGGUACCCAGGAGGCCACAGGACAAGCAGUGUCCACAGCACGUCCAUCAACAGGUAAACGACUAAAGAAAACACCUGAAAAGAAAACUGGCAAUAAAGACUGUAAAGCAGACAUUGCAUUUCUGAUUGAUGGAAGUUUUAAUAUUGGGCAGCGCCGAUUUAAUCUACAGAAGAAUUUUGUUGGCAAAGUGGCUCUAAUGUUGGGAAUUGGAACAGAAGGACCACACGUGGGCCUUGUUCAAGCCAGUGAACAUCCCAAAAUAGAAUUUUAUUUGAAAAACUUUACAUCAGCCAAAGAUGUUUUGUUUGCCAUAAAGGAAGUAGGUUUCAGAGGGGGUAAUUCCAAUACAGGAAAAGCCUUGAAGCAUACCGCCCAGAAAUUCUUCACAGCAGACGCUGGAGUAAGAAGAGGGAUCCCCAAAGUGGUGGUGGUAUUUAUUGAUGGCUGGCCUUCUGAUGACAUUGAGGAAGCAGGCAUUGUGGCCAGAGAGUUUGGUGUGAAUGUAUUUAUAGUUUCUGUGGCCAAGCCUAUCCCUGAAGAACUGGGGAUGGUUCAGGAUGUUGCAUUUGUUGACAAGGCUGUCUGUCGGAACAAUGGCUUCUUCUCUUACCACAUGCCCAACUGGUUUGGCACCACGAAAUAUGUAAAGCCUCUGGUACAGAAGCUCUGCACUCACGAGCAAAUGAUGUGCAGCAAGACCUGCUAUAACUCCGUGAACAUUGCCUUUCUAAUUGAUGGUUCCAGCAGUGUUGGAGACAGUAAUUUUCGCCUCAUGCUUGAGUUUGUUUCCAACAUAGCCAAGACUUUUGAAAUCUCAGACAUUGGUGCCAAGAUUGCUGCUGUGCAGUUCACCUAUGAUCAGCGCACAGAAUUCACUUUCACUGAUUACAGCACCAAAGAGAAUGUCCUAGCUGUUAUCAGAAACAUUCGCUACAUGAGCGGUGGAACAGCUACAGGUGAUGCCAUUUCCUUCACUGUUAGAAACGUGUUUGGUCCUGUGAGGGAUAGCCCCAACAAGAACUUCCUGGUAAUUGUCACAGACGGGCAGUCCUAUGACGAUGUUCGAGGCCCUGCUGCUGCUGCACACGAUGCAGGUAUUACCAUCUUUUCUGUUGGAGUGGCUUGGGCACCUUUGGAUGACCUGAAAGAUAUGGCCUCUAAACCAAAGGAGUCACAUGCUUUCUUCACAAGAGAGUUCACAGGAUUAGAACCAAUUGUUUCCGACGUCAUCAGAGGCAUUUGUAGAGAUUUCUUGGAAUCCCAGCAAUAAUGGUAACAUUUUGACAACUGUCAAAAGAAAGAAAAAGUGUAAGAGGAUGUAAUGUAUAAGUCAUUUUCUCCUAAUACGAAAUACUAUAUAGCAUACUAGGACCAGAUACAAAACUAUAUUAAAAAUGCCAACAGCUGUUUCAAGCAAAUAAGCAUUCAUUUAAAGCUACUACCUUCUAAUUACAAUUUAGAAUUAUUAAACACUCUGCUGAGGCUUCAUAAUCAUGACCCUUAUAAACUCUGGAAACAGGAGAUAUUGUGGAUCCGAAUCUUAAGAAUUCUAAAAUGUGUAUUAAAUGUACAGAGACAUAAAUUCCAUAGCUCAAUAAAAGAAUCUGAUACUGAGAACAAAAGCAACAUUCCUUCGCUCAUCAUUCUGUAUUAAAUAUAUAAAGAGAAUGAAACUUAAAUAGUUCUUUAACUCAGUUCAUAUGUAAGUCAUUUUUCCCAUAAUGGAUGUUGUCUUAAAACCAAUGAGUUAUUACUUAAUAAAAAGUUUUAUGAAUGAAAUGGAAGGGAAUGAAGUAUCAAGCUUCUUUUGUAGUGUAUUUUCACAGUAACAUGACUGAACUAUCUCACUAAGAUAGAAUUGUCUGAUAUUUUUCUAUUUAUAUCCUUAAUUUUAUAUGUGUAUAGAUAUAUUUGGCUUAUACUCUAAAAGUCAUCCAUGUACUGAAAAAAAUGUUGGUAAAUUUUUACUUACCACUUUAAACAUUUGGCUUUAAGGAAAAUCACUUAUUGAAAAUGGAACUGCAGGAAAAAUUAUUGUAGUUUGACCAAGCAAUAAAACUGUUAGUGACUAU